AUGGUUGUCACAAAUUACACAGAGUCAACGGAUGGAGAAGAAGAAAAGCUAAGCCAAGAAUGCAAGGAACUUCUUCUUUCUCUUCCCAAAGAGAAAGGGUGGCGAACCCAUCAUCUCUUCAAGUACCAAGGCUUUUGGUGCCAGCCAAGGGAGAUCCAAUCCAUAAUCUCUUUUCAAAAGCACUUCCAAGCAAGCGACACUGAUGUCGUAUUAGCCUCCAUACCAAAAUCAGGCACCACAUGGUUGAAAGCCUUGGCUUUUGCCAUCGUGAAUCGAAAGCGUUUUGCCAUUUCAAACAUUAACCAUCCUUUGCUUACAUCCAACCCCCACGAUCUUGUACCCUUCUUUGAGUACAAGGCUUAUGCAAACAACCAGCUUCCUGACCUCUCCAAACUUCCACAGCCUAGGCUUUUUGGCACUCAUAUUCCAUUUGGUUCCUUGCCUAACUCCAUCAAGAAGUCUAGCUGUCGGGUUGUUUACAUCAGCAGAAACCCGUUUGACACUUUCAUCUCCUCGUGGCAUUUCAUUAACAAAAUCAAGCCACGAUCUAUGGCCUCAAUGUCACUAGACGAAGCCUUUGAAAUGUUCUGCAAGGGGGUCAUUGGGUUUGGUCCCUUUUGGGAACACAUUUUGGGCUACUGGAAGGAGAGCACAGAAAAACCUCAUAAGGUAUUGUUCUUGAAGUACGAGGACAUGAAAGAAGAUAUCAAUUCAUGCUUGAAAAAUUUAGCAGAGUUCAUGGGGUUCCCAUUUUCUUUGGAGGAGGAGAGAGGUGGGAUUAUUGAAAAGAUUGCAAAGCUGUGUAGUUUUGAGAAUAUGAAGGAUUUGGAGGUAAACAAAUCUGGCAAGUCUAUAAAGAACUUCGAAAACAAGAACUUGUUUAGAAAGGGUGAUGUGGGAGAUUGGGUGAACUAUCUCUCGCCAAGGCAGGUGGAGCAAUUAACCAAAGUCGUGGAGGAGAAGUUAGGCGGUUCUGGUUUGUCGUUUAAAUCAUUACCAGAAAUUAUUAACAUUAAGGUUUAG